UGUACAAAUCUUUACAUAAACCCAAAUCUUGAAAGUAUAAAAGGUCCGUAAUAUUCUCACAAGUUUAUAACAAAGUCUUACGAAUCUCUUAAAUUUUCAUUUUCAAUUUCCCAUAUUCAGUAACCAUAAAAAAAAUUCCAAUUUUUUUUUCCAAGAAAAAUAAAAAUGACUACAAACAAUUGGCCAACAGGCCAGUGGACAACAAAUCUCUUUGAUUGCUGGGAUGAUAGUUCACUUUGUGUGAAAACUUGCUUUUGUCCAUGUGUUACCAUUGGAGAGGUCGUUGAGAUACUUGAUCAAGGCACUACAUCAAAAGGACAUGCUUGUCUUCUUGCUUAUGCUAUGGGUACUAUUCAAUGUGGAUGGAUUUAUGGGAGAAGAUAUCGAAGAAAAUUACGAGAAAUAUUUAAAUUACCAGAGGCUCCAUAUUCGGACACGUUGAUUAGUUGCUGCUGCUGCGUUUGUGGUAUUUGUCAAGAAUAUAGAGAACUCAAAAAUCGAGGCGCAGAUCCAGCCCUAGGAUGGGAAGGCAAUGUUGAGAAAUGGAAACGAGAAGGGGUAACUGUACCACCAAUUCCUACAUCUGCUAUGAUUCGUUAAUUAAUUAAUAAAUCUCAUGUGUAGUGUAAUUAAUAUUUAAUAUAGUGUGAUUAUUGUUUGAGCCAAGAGGAGUUUUUUUUUUUUUUUAUGUACCUUGUAUUGGAGAGAAAUUGUAGAAUUGGAUUGUUGCUUAAAAUAUUUGUUUGAUUGUAUUUUGUGGGUGUGUAUAUAUACUGUAUAGCUAUGUAAUGUAAAUGUUACAUCAGCAAUAAAUUUGUUUGUUGAAUGAUGA